AUGUGGGGAGCUUUCCUGCUCAUUGGCUCCCCGCUCCUCAUCCCCUCCCCAUCCUCAUCAGUCAUCACCACCAGAAAACAACACUUUGGAGCAGAGGGCAAACGCAUCCUGGCCAAGUACCCGUCAGGGCCUCUAUCCGAAAACAAACACCCAAACCACACGCACACCGCGCCCAUUUUCCCACUCCAGCCUGACGCCCUCACCCAUGUUUUGUCGCGAUGGCAUCGACAAGCUGGUGAAGACGUUCCAGUACGUCUCCAAGCUGGCGCACUGGGGCGCCGAGUCCUCCUCCCUCCCGGGCUCGCCCAACGCGCCAAGAGCUGGGAGACGGCGUCCGGGCUGAGCCGCAAGGCGUUCCGGUCGGGCCGGUUCCUGACCGGGUUCAACGCGCUGCGCCGGGGCCCGCCGCCGCCGGGGGAUGAGUUCGGCGCGCUCGCCGUGCUUGCCAACGCCGGCGAGAUGGUCUACUUCUUCUUCGACCACUUCGCGUGGCUGUCCCGCGUGGGCGUCCUCGAGCCCUGGCUGGCGCGCCGGGCCAGCUACGUGUCGUCCUUCGGCGAGGCCGUCGGCUACGUGUUCUUCGUCGCCAUGGACCUCAUCAUGAUCAGGCGGGGCCUGCGGCGGGAGAGGAAGCUGCUGAGGGAGAGGGACGGUGGCGGCAGGGACGCGGAGAAGGAGGUGCGGAAGAUCCGGACGGACAGGGUGAUGCGGCUCAUGGCGACGGCGGCCAACGUCGCCGACCUCGUCAUCGCCGUCGCGGAAACCGAUCCCAACCCGUUCUGCAACCACGCCGUCACGCUGGGGAUUAGCGGCCUCGUGUCAGCGUGGGCCGGGUGGUACAGAAACUGGCCCUCGUGA